AUCCCUCUCUCUUUUCUCUCUUCCCCUGGGAGAUUUUGUUCAAUCUAGUGCAGCCAUGCAGAGCCCUUCUGAUACAAGAGUUGGUGUCCACACUUACAUGGCUCAAUGGCCAAUUUAUGCCCUAGCUUGGUCAGUUCGCCAUGACCAAAAAUACCGUCUUGCGAUAGGGAGUUUCCUUGAAGACUAUAGCAACAAAGUUGAACUCGUUCAGUUUGAUAUUGACACUUGUAAUUUCACCACUGAUGCCCGGCUAAUCUUCGAUCACCCAUAUGCACCAACAAACGUCAUGUUCUUCCCUUCCGAAGAUGGUGCAAAUCCCGACGUAGUCGCCACCUCCGGUGACUACUUACGUCUCUGGCAAAUAUAUGAUGACAGGAUUGAGCUUAAGGCCUUCUUUAGUGGCAAUAAGAGUAGCGACUUCUGUUCAGCUAUAACUUCUUUUGACUGGGCAGAUUUUGAUGUUCGUCGCGUCGCUACGGCCAGUGUAGACAUGACCUGUACAAUCUGGGAUAUAGAGAAGGAGACUAUAGAUGCUCAGUUAGUGGCUCAUGAUAAAGAAGUGUAUGACAUUUCUUGGGGUGGAUAUAAUGUUUUUGCUUCUGUAUCUGGCGAUGGUUCAGUUAGAGUUUUUGACUUGAGGGACAAAGAAAGAUCAACCAUAAUUUACGAAAAUCCUAUACAAGACUGUCCAUUGUUAAGGUUAGAAUGGAACAAGAGUGACCCUAGACUUGUAGCCACAAUUGGCAUGGACAGUAACAAGGUUGUAAUUCUAGAUAUUCGCUUUCCGACCACUCCAUUAAUGGAGCUAUGUAAACAUAAGGCGAGUGUCAAUGCUGUGUCUUGGGCUCCAGUCACCGGACGACAGAUAACCUCGGUGGGAGAUGAUUGUAAGGCUUUGAUUUGGGAAGUGUUGAACACAGGUCAGCCGUUGCAAAACGGUGGUGGCGACAUGGAACCUGAUAUGUGGUAUGGAUCAAUGGCUGAGAUCAAUAAUGUACGGUGGUCGCCUGUUGAAUUAGAUUGGAUUGCUAUAGCUUCUAUGAACAAACUACAACUAUUGAGGGUUUAGAAUAUGUUAAAAUGGUAAGACAUACCUUCUGUAUUAAUUAGUUAAAAAAAUUUGAAUGUUAACUGAGACACUUAUCAAUUAAUUAAUUAAUUAUCUACCUUUACUUA